AUGAAACUUUUCGACGUCUUACAACAGCAUUUCAACAAUGAACUCUACGAAGAAGUGAUCUUUUGCUACAAUGUGGCCCUCGACAAGCGGCUAGGUGGAGAGCGAAAUGAAGCCAUGGCACAGGUUUUCCUGGCCGAUUCCCACUUUCAUUGCGGGAACCUGAGCGAGGCAAAGCGUCUCUAUUACAACUCGAUCAAGCUGUACAAAAGUCUGACACGAGCCGUACCAGCUAAGAACCUCUCGGAGGUUGAAGUGCGCUUCCGGUUGCAUCAAUGCCUCGUCAAACUAGGAAAAUCUGAAGAAGCACUCACCGUUUUGGCAGCGAUUCCCGCCGAAAAUGCUCCGCCGAAGGUAAAAUACGCCCUCUACAAACUGUCGGCCAAAUUCUGUAAACGACGUAGUUUGACAAAUGAUCGACUCAAGGACAUGGUCUUCAGCUGCCCAACAGCAUUUUCCUGUAUUUCGGAUUACUUGAAGUGUGAGGGCGCGAACGCUGAUGGGGAUCUGAUGCGAGAGGUAGAAGAUGAUGGAAUACGGCGAUACUUGGAGGCCAGCGUCAUCAGCGCCGUGUGUCCGUUCAAGGCUGCCCAGCAUUUGAGCACUAUAGCCCCGGCACAUUCUACAUUUGUUCGCGUUGAGGCAGGGCGGUUCUUCAAUCAAGUCGGCUUGAGAAGCGAUGCCAAAAGCAGUUUAUGGAAGGCUUUCCAGUCCAACAACGACCUGACCGACGGAAUGGGGCUGCUUGCUUAUCUACUCUAUCGGGACGAUGACAUGAAAGACCUCGAAAGUCUGGCCGUGACGAUCAUGGAUCGCAACGAGCACUGUAUGGAGGCGUGGAUUUGUUUCGGAUAUCUGGCCAGACUUCAGAACAAACUCGACCGGGCGCUUCAUUUUGCUUUCAAAGCGACGACAAUGACCGUAGGAAAAGCCCAUUCCGAUGCGCUGCUGCUGAAGGCCAACCUUUUACUCGAUAGAGAGCGAAACGAGUCUGCUGCUCAACACUUGCACGAUUUACUCGCCGAAGACCCAAGAAAUUUGGAUGCAUACGAGGCGCUGGUUGGGUUGCACCUCGGAAGCAACCGAAUGCGCGAGGCCAGCUCCGUGCUCAAGCAAUGCAUCAGCCACAUGAAACAGCCACUUCCGGGGCGUGUCCGAGUUCUCGAAGCGGCCAUCAAGAUGCGUGACGAGUCGUGCAACAAGGAUGCUGAACAAAUCCUGGAAGAGACCGUCGAGCGUUCACCCUGGCUGCACGACGCUGUGGGGAUGCUGAUCGACGCCUAUAAGGAGCAGAAGUGCCACGAAAAAGGAGCAUCACUUUGUCAAAAGAUCUUGAGUACGUCAGUUCUCGAUAGUGCCGCCGCCGGUCGACUUUACGUACAGUUGGCCGAUUUCUUGAGCCAGGCCGGCCAACAAGUCGAGGCCCACGCAGCGCUGAACAAAGCGCACAGCCUCGGCUCGCAGACAGCCCAACAACGACUGGCGCAGCUUGAUGGGAAGUUGCGUUGCGUGCAGACACCGGAAACGAAUUUGCCGGCGCCAAGCACACGUCUACCCGACGCCCCUGGCGCGCCACGUGCUCGCAGACGAGGACGGUCGCCUCCGCAGUCCAGCCCACCCCCAACUCUGCGCCUUCAGUUUAGC